AUAUCCAUUCAUGCUUUUUCUCUGAGCGCAACUGGUGUGCACCAACAAGUCGCGUGUGCCAGCAAGAUAGGCGCCAUGGUGUAAAGACAGCAAACACGCACGCGAGAGAUAAUCUGUGGUUGUGUAUGUAAAUUUCACUUUUAACACCUGCUGCCACAACAACCGCCAAAGUGGCUGGGUUUGCCAAAGGUUGGUGGGGAGACAGCUACGGUCUGGGAGGACCGUGGGGGGACCUGCGUCGGGGAGGUGGUGGUGGAAAGAUGACAGUGGUUUCCCCGGAAAACCGCGAUGAAAUAAUCACCAUCGGUCAAUCUCCAGACUUCGACGAACUGGAGAGAGGAGAUCUUGAAAUCAGCGAGCAUGUCAUAAUCAACGUAUCCGGCCUACGCUUCGAGACCCAGCUCAAGACUCUCGCCCGUUUCCCCAACACCCUACUAGGAGACCCGAGCAAACGGAUGCGCUACUAUGAUCCCGUGAAAAACGAGUUCUUCUUUGACAGGAACCGGCCAAGUUUCGAUGCCGUCUUGUAUUACUAUCAGUCCGGAGGGCGUCUCCGGAGGCCCAUCAACGUACCUGUUGAUAUGUUCCUGGAAGAAAUCAAAUUUUAUGAAAUUGAAGAGGGCAUUGAGAACUUCAUUGAGGACGAGGGCUUGACAAGAGAGGAACAGCGACCAAUGCCAUCAAAAGAACUUCAGCGUCAAAUAUGGCUCUUGUUUGAAUAUCCUGACAGUUCAGGAGCCGCGAGGAUAAUUGCCAUCGUCUCCGUGUUGGUCAUUUUGUUAUCUAUUGUUAUUUUUUGUUUGGAGACUUUACCAGAGUUCAAAGAGGACAAGGAUCUAUUCAGUAAUCAUCUUCUUAACGGGACAGAGGAGGCGGAGAAGCUAAGCCCUUUCACGGAUCCAUUUUUUAUACUGGAGACGCUCUGUAUAGUGUGGUUCACCUUUGAACUUUCAGUGAGAUUCCUGUCAUGUCCAAGCAAGGCUGCCUUCUACAAAGACCUUAUGAAUGUCAUUGAUAUCGUGGCCAUAUUGCCAUAUUUUGUGACUGUCGGAUUGGAGCUUGCGGAGCUCGAGGGAGGGGGUCAACAUGCGGCGUCAUUGGCCAUCCUGAGGGUUAUCCGUUUGGUGCGCGUGUUUCGCAUUUUCAAACUGUCCCGCCACUCCAAAGGGCUACAGAUCUUAGGGCGGACCCUCCAUGCCAGCAUGAAUGAACUGGCACUCUUGAUUUUCUUCCUGAUCAUUGGCAUUGUGCUGUUCGCAAGUGCCGUGUACUUCGCGGAGGUUGACGACCCAGAGGUUGGAUUCCCGAGCAUCCCUCAUGCGUUCUGGUGGGCAGUGGUGACCAUGACGACAGUCGGCUAUGGAGAUAUGUCUCCCGUCACCACGGGAGGGAAAUUAGUCGGAUCCAUGUGCGCCAUCGCUGGGGUACUCACCAUUGCACUGCCUGUACCUGUCAUCGUAUCAAAUUUUAGCUAUUACUAUCGCAGGGAAACCAGCAAGGAGGACCACAAGGAAUAUGUCCAUGUCACUUGCGACCGGCAAGUGUCAACCCACGUCGACGCGAAGAAGAACGAGAGCCAGUCUACUCUCACUAAAUCAGAAUUUGUGGCAGAUGACGAUUUGGAUAGUACGUCCAGACACAUCGACCUAAGUGCUUUCGAUAAUUACACUGGAAAGUUGACAGACGUCUGAGCGCAAAACGAAACCAGUGUGUCAGGGGAUGUGGUGUUGUUGAAUAAUUAAUGUUUGACGUUUGUAAAUAUAUUGUUUUCUUCUUGAAAAUCGCAGGCCUGUAUUGAUUUAGAAAUGCUAUUCUAUAACAAUUUACAAAAUUGGUAAAUUAAAUUAUGUCAUAGGCUACGGAUACCUUUGCCUUACUAGCAAACUGUAGCAAAAAGUCAGUCCUUAGAGGUUAUUGUGAGAAGGGAAGGGGAAGCUUCUCACAAAUUGUAGCCUAAGCUUUGCUCUGCUGCGCUCCCAGAGCGCCUUUAAGCGGUGGAGUCUUUCAAUGGCAGGUUUACGCACGACAAGUCAAUGAACCAAUUCAACAACCAAACUAAUCAACCUGUAUUAACGUGAUCAUUGUGGAAGGGACAAUGCUUUUUUUUUUAAGUUACUGAACAUUUAGCCGAUAGACUACAUUAACAAAAUUCGCAAUGUUUGACAAGCUUGAGAUUAUGACUGUUGCUGGAAAAAGUCACGUUAUUUGACACUUUUUGAUUUGAUUCUUUUAUGUUUCAUUGACUCCAGUUUUGUUAGUUGCCAACAGCAGAACCUUUUUCUUUUCUUAAAUAUCUUAGAGUAGACCAUAUUGUUGACAGAUUGUAUAUCUAUUUUUGUGUCAUUUUGUAUUUGCACAAGGAAGACAAAUGAAUCCCUACUAUUCCACAUGGUGUAUGUAUUCUAACAUUCUUACAUUUUCGUCCAACAGGGCUUUUUUUUUGCUAUUUAGUCGGCAAUUUGCCUUAAAGUUGUUGCAUUGCAGUGCCUUGACUUUUGACAUACAGUACAUGAUAUAACUUACCCUUCAUCAAUAAUGUUAGGACCACUAACAGAACCAAUCUACCAAUCAGUAAUUGCUUUUUGUCUCAGGUCAAUAAAAGCUUGGUCACCCACAUGAGGAUGGCCCUACACUGUCAAAUGAAAAGUACCCCAAAUAAUCAGUAAUGUGUCCCUAUGGAGGAACCCCUAAACAUUCUUAAAGGAACCUAAAUGUUCUUGGAAGAACCCCCACGUUUUCAGAAGGAUUUAUAGAACCCAGGAUCCCAAAUGUUGUUUGAAGAACAAUUUGAUUACCACUCGAAGAACCCCUAAACGUUCCCUGAGGAACCUUGGAUUUCUUCACAGAUUUUUUUUUUCAGAGAACAUUUGGAUUCCUUCCGCAUCCAAAUGAAGGCCCUUUUAGGAACCUUCAAAUUAUUACACUGUAGAUUGUAAUCAGUGUCCUGUUAGGGCACAAGAAGGUUUCUGCCCAAUUGGGCUGUGUAGGAAGCCCAUCUGUGGGUUCUUCUGUAAAUAUAUGACCACAGAAAUUAAUAGAAUUUAGUUCAAAUUGGGGGGAUGUACUAACCUGACUUACGCCAUCUGGCUGCGUUUCACCAAAUUACAUAUAUGUGGAGGCGUUCCGGUUUCCUCACGCAAGGACCAUGAAAAUCAAAAUCAUUUCUGAAUGAAAGAGCCAAUCAUCUAGCCUGGGAACUCCCAUACUGCCUUUAGUUCUACACAAUCGUUUCGAUCUGAAAGACUAAUCUCACUUGUGAUUAGGUCUGGUGUUAACCAGGCAACCAAUCAUCAUUGCCGGGUAGGAUUUUCAAUAGAAGGGCGGCGUUAUGGCUCUUCCUCCACCUGUCGUUCUCAGCUGUGUCGUGGGUUGAGUUCCAUGUGAGUGGCUGAAGUGGCACGUCAGUUAAGAUGAGGAAAGGUUGUUAAUCCAAUCACAUGCAAGCAUAUUUAAUAAGGAGCAUCAAUCGAAAAUGUGUCGGUUGUGGGAGAUACCCAGAUGGUAUCAUGAAACAUACCAGCUGGCGAUAGUCAGGUUAGGGAUAUUGUGCCUCCCUCGAUGCGUUUUUUGAGCAUUUAUAGGGCUGGAAAUCAUCAGUCACACCUGGCAAGCCCUGACCAUGCUGAAGGCGCAUACAUUUCUACUUAAAGGCUUGAGUUAAUCAGAACUGGCAGCAGAUUAAGUUAUGGCAUAGAAUAGAGUGUCAAGUUAUGAGAUCUCCUUCCAAAAGAAGGCACUGCUUUGAUUUGUCUCUCAAGAGCCCCACGACAGCACUUAUUUGUUUAUGGAUUUAUUUACAAUACUUGUGUAUCUAAUAACACUACACACAUGCAUUGAGGCCCGUGGUGCUGAAAUGCCAACGAAAUGAUUGACUGUGAUGUAAAAAAAAACCUGUGAAAUCAUUAAUUUAUGUGUAAAGACAUUGUAUAAUAUUAUCUCUGUCCUCGCUUCCUUCCAUGAAAAUUGGUAUGGCAAAAUAAUAGUACAAUAUAGCACAUCAGCUUUGCUUUUCACUGUGAAAUUCUAAUGUCUCACCUGAAUGUAAUCUUCUACAAUGUGCAAAAAAGGGCAUUUUGAGUUCGUGCGUACAUAUCUGCAUUAUAUUCUGAUUGCUGGCCAGCUUUUGGAGGAUUGUACAUGAAUGUAUAUAGUAAGGUAGGAACUGGUACACAAACUUGCUCUGGCUAUACAUAUGAUGUGAUGUGUAAAAGAACUAUUUUUGUAAAAAAAAAAAAAAUCACCAUGAU